AUGGCGCCUUGGGAAGAUUUCGACAGUGUUUUCUCCUUCAACAAGAACUUUGUGUAUGAUGGCAAGGUCAUUGAACAGAUUCUGUCCAACCGCCGGGCUUUGGAGAACCAGCUGUUCGCCGACAGACUCCUAGGACUGCUCGGCGUGAAAGCAGUCACGAAAGUAUACCCUCCAAAGUCCAACGCAGACCUCCGAACCCUUUUCGGGCACAUCGUAUCAUCCCCACUGGAUAUCCAUCACAAGCAGGCCUUGAUCUACUACCUUUUGAAGGACUGCCGGGCAGCCAAUGACUAUGCUUCACAAUUUUCGCGGCGAUUCCAUCUACCUGAAAAGUACCGUCUCUUCAUUGAAGGGCUUUGGAACCUGGACAGGUUAGAAUUCAGGCGCGCUAUCGAAUAUUUGACCGAACCCUCCAUCAUUCCAACAUUUCCCGAUGAAAUCCUUUACGUUCUCACCCUCCCACAGCUUCCCAAGCACGAUGACAGCCUCGUAAUGGCAUAUUAUCUCACCGUAAGCCCACCACUGGCAUCCACAAAGGUCCAGAAAGCAUUCUUCAGAACCCUUUGUCGCUCCAGUAUUACGGAGGCCUUUUACUUUACCCGAAACUAUGACGACUCGCUUCGCCAGAAUUACCUUGCGCAGCUCAUUGAAUUCGUGCACUCGACCGAAGCGGGCGAGACCCGGAGCAAGCGCGCUAUGGAAUUGAUUGGUCUUCCCUUCGAUGACCAGGAAGAGGGGUGGUUCGAGGACUGUCUUCUCCGUGGAAAUGCAAAGGGGUUGCAUGGCGCUAAGGACACCGUCAUGAUGCGCCGUCUUGCGACAGGGAAGUUAGAAAACUUGUCUGCCGAUCUCGAGUCCUUGGGCGGCAAGAAGGUCGAUGGUCUGAACUGGGACAUUCUCAGACAAGCAGAUGAUAUCAAAAUCGACCUAACCGCUGGUAAAGGCCGUCCAGAAUGGGUCUUUUCUUGUUAUGGUCCUGGUAAAAACGCCCCAAAGCAAUUGUUUGGGGGUGUCCAGCGGGAGCAAUCUUUCGAAGAGCUGCGGCUGCGUCACUAUGAAGCUGCUGCUGCAGGGAAUGCGGAGCAGGCAGUCCAAGAGGCUCAGGCUUUGUACGCAGAGGCACUGAAGCAGAUGGAUGUCAUAUUGAGCGACCUUGGCGGUGCCGUGAAAUACAUCGUCGAUGGUAUUAAUGAGCAUCCAAAUAGAAUUGAUAUUACAGAAGGCAAGACGGGUCCUGCGUCUAGUCAAGGGCCAUCUCCAUUUGGCCAACCCUCAGCAUUCGGUCAGCCAGCUGCUAGCAAUCAGGCAUCAGGUUUUGGUCAACCGUCGACAAUGGGCCAGAGCUCUGGUUUUGGACAACCAAGUACACUGGGUUCGGGAUCAGCCUUUGGCAAGCCCUCUGGGUUCGGUCAACCAUCGGCCUUGGGCCAACCAUCAGGAUUUGGUCAACCAUCUACGUUGGGGCAGAGCUCUGGUUUUGGACAACCAAGUGCAUUGGCUUCGGGAUCAGCCUUUGGUAAGCCUUCGGGGCUAGGUGGAGGACAACCUGCUUUUGGUAAACCAGCGUUUGGGCAGCCCAGUUUAGGCCAGCCGAACCAGGGUCAGCCUGCAUUCGGUCAACCAUCAGCGUUCGGGCAACCUUCGUCGUUAGGAGGCUCAUCGUUCGGCGCACCUACCAACGCGUCUCCUUUUGGUGCAAUAUCAAACCAAAAUCAGAGCGCAGGUGUCGGUUUUGGCCAAGCUGCGUCAGCUACGUCUCCGUUCGCACAGGCUGCUAGCCAACAACCUGCAGCAGCUUCUGGAUUUGGACAGCCAUCAACAACCCCAGCAACAUCGGGCGGCUUCGGUCAGCCCGCGCAAACACCAUCCCCAUUUGGCCAGCCCCAACCCCAGCCAUCAUCCAAUCCAUUUGGACAACCAUCCACCGCACCAAAUCCUUUCGGGGCUCCCAGUCAACCACAACAGCAACAAGCACAGGCUGCUCCGUCUCCCUUUGGCCAACCAGCGGCCGGCUUCGCACAGCCCGCCCAACAACAACCACCAGCUCCUACCGCUACAGCAGGCACUGGCCCUCCUGGCAUUAUCAAGGUUGAGGAUCCGAAUCAGCUUAGUCCCAUUCCACCCUUGUCUGGCCAGACGAUCCGAGACCCUAUGACCAAGAGACUGUCCACAUGGAAAGGACAGCCCGUCAAGUAUAUUGACAACAACCCGUGUUAUCUGCAUCCUCAAGACCGCCAAACAUACGUUCGCAUCUUCUUCCCGGAUGGGCCUCCCGACCAGGCGAGCUUGAGAGAUGCAACAGGAAAACCGGAAGAGUAUACCCCUGAGGUCACGGAACAGUAUGAGUUCUUUGUUAAAAACGGAUACUUCAAGGACGGCGUCAUCCCAAGCGUGCCACCGAAGACAGAAUGGGUGAGCUUCGACUUUUAG